AUGACUAGCGGAGAGCUUGCACUACCGUUGACUGUUUAUCGUGGACAAACAAAAAUGGCCAAUGAUGAAUUGAAGAAAAUUGAAGAGAAUAUUGAUGGUCUUAUAUCGAUGCACACAUUUUUAUCGACAACAGUGCACUAUAAUGUCGCUUAUGAUUAUGUUUUUGGUGCUGAUCCAGAUACAACCGUAAUCUUUCAAAUUACUGUUAAAGACACAGAACAAGGCAAACGCAUGAAUACAUUUGCUCGUAUCUCUCAAAAAAGUUCAUUUAAGGAUGAAGAAGAAGUUCUUUUCGGUGUGUCAUCCGUCUUUCGAAUCAUUUCUGUUCAACAAGAAUAUUGUUUCUGGUUUAUCGAAUUAGAAUCAACCACUUUCAAAGAAGAUGAAACUGUGCAAAGAUUUAUGAGCGAGAUUCAAACUUAUUUGUAUCAAAGUUCUGUUUAUACUUUAUUAGUCUCUGCUUCUAUGCAAUAUGGUGAUCUGGACUCUGCAGAGUACUAUUGCCUUCGAGCAGUCGCAUAUAAAUCAACAAAUAUUGGAGCACAAGCUAUUCAUAUCUUAAGACAAAUACCGGAGCUAAAAAUGGUGGCUCAAUACAAUGGUCCAGAUUUCAUUCGUGAAAUGAUUAGUGGUAAUCUUCAAUCUGUUCAACAAUUAAUUUCGCAGAUACAUCCCCAUUCGAGUACCAUUUCUGGAUUAAACAAUGAGGAAACAUGGACUUUCGAAAAAUUUAUUACUGUUGCUGAUCAUUAUCGUCAUCGAAAAGAUAAUGAACAUGCUGAAUUGUAUUAUAGCAAAGCACUCGACAAGAUGACAGAAGCCGAAUCGAAAUCUAUGUGGAAUGUCUAUAGAAAAAUGGUCAGAAUGGGUAGUAACAGCGAUCAAUAUCAGGAUUAUUUUAUCAAACAAUUUUCCAAAUAUGAUGAUAAUAAUCCAAAUCAUUUUUCAAUGAUUGCUACACUACAAACAAUCCUAACUAUAGCUUAA